CCUUGACCUAGAGCGAUUUUGGUUUUUUUCAGACGUUUGGUUCGUUCAAGGACAGUCGUCAUUUUCAAUACUUGCUUAGAAAAGUCACUUAUAAAUAAAUCCACGUCGUAAAUUUCUUGAAUAACUGGUUUUUCGAAAAAAGUUUGAUUGCAAAGCAAGUGCAGGACUUCAAUUAAAGUUCUGUACUUUGAAGUACAUUAUUUACUUGACAUUUUCCUCCGAGUUAGAGACCAACGAUGUACAUAGGCAUUUUGAAUAUGUUUGUUGAAAAGUAAAGUCUUAUGACCGUGGAAAGGGCUAUCAUAUAUAUCCUUGCAUGAUAUCGUAUCCUAUGUAGGACACUACAUAAAUUUGAUACGUCGUUUCUUGCAGUACUUCUAUUAUUAUUAUUAGUCACAUCUAGAUAUGAUGAAUUUAGAAUUCCGGGGUUUCCCCUGAAAAGAAUACAUGCUAUUUUGCAGUUCAAUAUUUUAGUUUUUAAUAAAUUAAGUAAUUACUACAGUCAUAUAUUCAGUACUUUUGAAAUGUUAAGUGUCUGUAAAUUUACAUACAGUAAAAGCGUGUCAGUAGGAAAACAGACUCCCUUGAAGUUUCAUAGAUGAGGACAUCAGAAAAAGUAAUAUAUAUUACUUUUAAUUCAGAUCAUAUGAUCUGAAUUUAAAAUAAAUUCAGGUUAGGGAGAGUUCAUCUCGCGGAAAACUACAAUACGGCUGCUAAUUCUUCGCAAAAAUAAAUAGCAAGUUAUAAGAAGCUUCAUAUUAAAGCCUUUUUCUAUUGGAAAUUAGUCAAAAAUCUUUUCUACUGAUGCGAUUGGUUGUGUGUUGUCAGCGAUAUAAUUUGGUGUCAACUUUAUUCACACACAAAAAUUUUCUGUCUUUUAGAAUAAAACUUUCCCACAAUUCACAGAAAACCUAACCUAAGAAUUCGCAGAAUUCGGAUGUCUGAAAUGAAGUCCAAUAUGGAAUCCCCAAUCAUAUCGAUUAGCCCAAGACAUUAUAUUCAUGUCUUAAACUUGAAUACUCAUGUCACCGAGUUGAUUAUCGGUCCGAAGACAUAUGUUUGUCAGAAGGAUGAAAAAGUUGUUCUGGGACCAGAAGCAUUUACAGUUGUUCCAUCCAUGAUGUACUGCGUUAUUAGCAACCCUGUAAUCAGGAAUGAAACGGGUGUCCCAGCUAUUGAUGAAUUUGGCCAGGUGAGAGUUCGAAUGGGUGAUGAGGAAUAUCGUUUCUCCCAAGAUCCGUUUCCCCUAUAUCCGGGUGAAGUGCUUAAAGAUAGCAUCAAGCCUCUUCCAAUAGUUCUUCCAAACUCAGCUUUGAGGUUGCGAGCACUUUCAGAUUUUGAAGAUGGCGGUAUUAAGCGCACAGCUGGAGAUGAAUGGCUAUUUGAAGGUCCAGGAACUUAUUAUCCUAGAAAGAAGUCGAAGUUGUGAAGUGUGAAGAAGCCAAAGUGAUUCUUCUUAAUUCAGCUCUUGUCAUGGAAGCCACGAGGGAUUGUAUUGACCGCAGUGGUGUUUCUCGUGUUUUCGGUGAACGAUGGCUAGUUACAACUCAGGGUGCCUACCUUCCUGGAGUUUACGAAAGGAUUGUCGAGGAGCGCAAGGCUAUUACUUUAACCGAUAAACGAGCUGUAUCCGUCAAAGCUAUCAAAUCCCAUACGGACAAAUUCAAUAAAUACCGCAAGGCUGGUGAGGAGUGGUUAAUAACCAAUGAAGAGGCAGAAUACCAUAUAUGUGGUGCACUUGAAGAGUUUGUGGAAGAAGUUGAAGUAACUGUGCUGCGUGCUCAUCAGUAUUGUGUUAUAGUCAAUCCUUGUGAUGAGAAUGGAGUGCCACAGUUAGGCAAAAAAGCACUUGUACGUGGGGAGAAGUCUUUUUUCUUGAGACCGGGAGAAUAUUUAGAGGACGGUGUUCAAGACACUUAUAUUCUGGGAAAUGAUGAGGGCCUGAUUCUUCGUGCCAGAGAACAGUUUAUGGACAGCAUUUUCGAGGAUGAUGCAUCAGAAGAAGGCUCCACAAAACAGAAAACAAUCUUACGCCGUCCUGGAGAUCUGUGGAUGUUACGUGGACCUAUCGAAUACGUACCUCCUGUUGAAGUUGAGGCGAUAGGACGUCGAGAAAUUAUUCCGUUAGAUUUUAAUGAGGGUGUUUACGUUCGUAAUAUGCAAACAGGACAAGUUCGUGCUGUUAUUGGUCAUGCCUACAUGCUAAAUCAGGAUGAAGAGUUGUGGGAAAAGAAGCUUCAACCUGAUGUUGUUCAGUUGUUAUCGAUGAACUUAGAUCCGUGUGCAGAUCGUGGAGUUCGAUCCCUUGGAGAAACAUCCGAUGAUUUUGAUUCAACCCGUGUGGUUACUUUUCGUGUUCCACACAAUGCUGCAGUUCAAAUUUAUGACUACAAAAAUAAAAAGUCCAGAGUUGAGUUUGGACCACAUUUAGUAAUGUUGGGACCAGACGAACAGUUUACUCGUCUCAGCUUGAGUGGUGGAAAACCCAAGAAACCAAAUGUAAUUAAAACCCUUUGCUUACUCUUAGGUCCAGACUUCUGUACAGAUAUUGUUAUUGUGGAGACAGCAGAUCAUGCUCGCCUGUCUUUACAGUUAUCCUACAAUUGGGUGUUUGAUAUCUCUCCAUCGUGCAGUCAAGCUGAUGCUGCUAAGUUAUUUUCAGUUCCAGACUUUGUUGGAGACGCUUGCAAGGCCAUAGCAUCUCGUAUUCGUGGUACUGUUGCAUCUGUUCAGUUCGAUGAUUUUCACAAGAAUUCAUCACGAAUAAUUCGUGCUUCUGUCUUUGGAUUGGAUGAAGCGGGAAAAAUUCGAGAUCGAUUUGUAUUUCCUCAGAAUAAUCUUCACAUUACAAGUGUUGAUGUACAGUCAGUAGAGCCGGUCGACCAGCGGACUCGAGAGUCGUUGCAAAAAUCAGUCCAACUGGCUAUCGAAAUAACAACUAAUUCACAAGAAGCAGCUGCUCGUCAUGAAGCUGAAAGAAUUGAACAGGAAUCGAAAGGUCGAUUGGAACGUCAAAGAAUUGAAGAUGAAGCAGCUGCUGAAGAAGCCAGACGUCAUUUACUUGAAAUUCGAAUGCAGUUAGUUGCUCUUGAAAGUAGUAGCCAGGCUAAAGCAGAAGCCGAGAGUCGAGUUGAAGCGAAUCGUAUUUCUAGCCAAGCUGCUAUUGAGGAAGCUAAACUUCGUGCUGAAGCUUUAUCAAUUGAAACGAAUGCAGAAUUGCAAAGACUUCAGUUAGCUCGAGAAGCGGAAAUCGCCUAUCUCAAACAAAAGAAUGAGUUGACUUUGAAAUAUAAAGCCGAGGAAGCCGAAAUUGAAAAAUCACGUUUUAUCUCAAUGGUGAAUGCACUCGGUGCUGACACUUUACGUGCUAUGGCAACCGCUGAAUCAGAUCACAACUUACGCAUGUUAAAGGCUUUAGGUCUACAGAGUACACUGAUUACAGAUGGUUCGACACCAGUAAACUUGUUGAACACUGCUCAUGGUCUUAUUGGCUCCGUUUACGAAAGAUCGACAUGUACAAGAACCAAAGUUGACAGUGAAAAUAUAAGUGAGAAUGAAAAGUAAACUGAAACUGCUUGAAAUUUAGUGUUUUGUAUUGUUUUUUUCAAUUGAACAGCUUGAUUUUUAACUUAUUUUCACUAAUUACUUCACAUUAUAUUUUUUCUUACUUUCAUUUCACCACUUGAAUAUCUUUUUACAAUAUACUGUUUUGUGAAAGCUACAUUUUUAGUGCUAGUGAAUGUCAGUUCAUCAUUUCCUGUUUGAGAUAUAUAUGUAUAUGUCUUCCAAAAAUGCGAUGAAAUCAGUCUAUAUAUUGUCGAGGUUAAUGUGAAGUUGUGUUGAGUGCUUUCCAUACGUGUGAGUGAGCAUUCAGUUUUCAAAGUACAUAAUAUGGUCAUUUGAAGAAGCGCUGCUAUCGAAUUAAAUAAUUCCAUAGACGGGGUCUUCUGAAACUGAACUAUAUCACAUUGACACUUUGACUAACGUUAGCUGUAAUUUUUCGUUCUCAGGUCAUCAUAAAUCAGCAGUUUUGCAGUAACAAGUGAUUUGUUUGUUUAACAAGGAUUAAUUGAAAGUUGUAAACUGUUUUAUUCAGUCAUGAUUAAGUCGGUUGUUGGUGUAGGUAAGCUGUCUGUUUCACUCCUUCGUAAUAGAUUUUUGUCAUAUGAAAAGCUGUAGGCGUGUAGUGGAUACAAGAUGUAGAAAUUGUUGUGAAGGUGAUCUCAGGAAUCCGUAAGGUCUGGCAGAACAAAGUUGUAAAGUGGCUUCUUUCAAACUGCUUAUGUCUCCAUUGUCCUGAGAAAAAUAAAAUGUCUCACCUACAUCAAAUAUAUAUAUGUAUAUAUAUUUCUACGAAUCGUUUAGUAAAAUUUAGGAUUCAGGCUUCAUUCCACACUGGUUUCUCGUUCUUCAUACGAUGGUGUUACAUGCAUGUGUCACAAGUGUAUGUCUGACAUAUCGUAAAAGUUUGUAGUAAUGUUGGAAAGUUGUAUCACUUAUCUAAAUGUAGUCUGUAAUGAAGACAUUUCAUGUUUGGUAAAAUUCAGCGUAAAAUUAUUAAUUGCAUAUUAGGAUUCUACUGAUAAGUGGGUAGUGCUUAUGGUUUACUAGCUGGAUGAAAUGUAAUACGCGCACAGUGACAACGCUUAUGAUAAUCGCAUCAUGCUGCUCAUAUUCAGUACAUAGUUUAGUCAGUGUCGUUAGAAUAGUCAUAUUUCACGUUUGGACUUGGUUUGUUUUUUUUUUUUCUUAUGUUAACUGCACAAAGUCUACUUGGAUAUCUUUGCUUAAACCAACGUAAACAUAGUUUUUUGUUUUGUAUGGUAUGACUUUUAAUUUAUUCAUCCAAUCGUACGCAGUGCUUUCAAAUCUCUAUGAUCAAUAUUUUAUUACACUGGUCUACUCUUCAUCAAAGCUAUGCCAAAAUAAAUAAUUGUCUAUGUUUCACAUUAUUACCGUCUGUCGAUAGUUUUUGCAUUGUGAAAUGGAUCACCGCACGAUAAUAAUAAAUAAUGGAACAUCAUUAUGCGUGAACAAACGUCAAAAAUGUAACUAUCAUAUGUUGUAUUACAUUGUUUAACCAGUAGAACUUGACCCUCAUUAUUUUGUAACUACGUAAACGAAUAUAUUCACCUUGCGAUU